AUGGCACAGCCACCAGCCCCUACCGCUUCCUCUGCCUCCGACGAUGCCUCAGUCAAUCCAGCGUCAAUCCAGCACUACGCCAUGCGGCUGCCGCCCUUCUGGAGCCACAAUCCGGGCGUAUGGUUCCUACAGGUGGAAUGUCAGUUCGCUCUCGGGGGCAUAACAUCACAGCUGACCAAAUUUCGCCAUGUGGUGAGCGUACUGCCGCAAGAUGUUGCCGCCCAAGUGGUCGACAUCCUUUCCGCUCCACCCGCCGCCAACCAGUACGACGCGCUCAAGACCGCUGUCCUCGAGCGAACCACGGCUUCGGAACGCAAGCGCUUCCAAGAGCUCCUGUCUUCCGAAGAUCUUGGCGACCGCCGUCCGUCUGAACUAUUGCGACACAUGCAGGGGCUGCUUGGCGAGCGAGCCCUUUCCUUCGAUGCCAGCCUCCUCAAACAACUCUUCCUGCAGCGCUUACCAACAACCGUGCAGAUGAUCCUAGCGUCUGCGUCGACUCUGCCAUUGCAAGAGCUUGCGGAUCUUGCAGACAAGAUCUUGGAGGUUUCCCUUCCGUCCAUUUCAGCCGUGCCCGCCGCACCGCCCUUGCCUUCAGCUGUUUCCCCCGCGGCGUCUUCACCAUCCGCCCAAGUCCGGCUAACUUCUCCGUCCGGGGACUCCAUAGCCCAACUGCGCGAAGAUUUUGGACGCCUCUCCGCCAUGGUAGCGUCUGUCCUGUCAUCGCGUGCGCCUUCCAACACAGACCCCGUUUCGCCCAGGCGUCGCCGACGCGAUCGUCCGCGCUCCGCGUCCCGCUCCCCCAGUCGACGCCGUUCACCUCGUCGGCCUCUGCAAGACGAGCCCAUAGGCCCUUGCUGGUACCACCAGCGGUACGGCUCCGAGGCCCGUCGGUGCACGCGACCCUGUACUUGGACGGAAAACUUGCCCGGGGACCGUUAG